GAAAACAUUAGAUGCUGGUGGUCACUGCGUACUCGAAAUGCCUUCUGGAACAGGUAAAACUGUUUCUCUACUAUCACUUAUCGUCGCAUAUCAACAACAUUACGAUGCAGAUAGAAAACUGGUUUAUUGUUCACGUACCGUACCAGAAAUAGAGAAAGCAUUAGCUGAAUUAAAAAGGUUAAUGGCUUAUAGAGCAGAUCAAGGUUACGCUGCUAAAGAUAGUGGAUAUAUCGGUUUAGGAUUGAGUUCACGUAAGAAUUUAUGUCUACACCCAUCUAUCAGUCAGGAGAGAAGAGGUAAAGCUGUUGAUGCCAGGUGUAGAGACCUCACAUCAGCACAUGCUGUCCAGAAAGGUAGAAGUGAUCCAGGAAGUCACGAAUUGUGUAGUUAUCAUGAAGGUUUAUCAGAAGUUGCACCAGGCGAAAUUGUGCCCCCUGGUAUUUGGACUAUAGAGGAUGUUAAGAAGUUUGGUCAGCAAAAAGGCUACUGUCCAUACUUUAGUGUUAGACGGAUGGUACCUUUCUGUAAUACAAUUAUCUACUCGUUUCACUAUCUUCUCGAUCCAAAAGUCGCUGAAAUGGUUUCGAGGGAGAUGUCUAAAGAUGCAAUCGUCGUUUUUGAUGAAGCACACAACAUUGAUAACGUCUGUAUUGAAUCACUUAGUAUCGAUUUGACACGCCCGAUGCUUGAAAGUGCAUCAAGAAGCGUGGACAAACUAUCAGAAAAGAUAGCGGAAGUUAAAGAGAAUGAUGCACAACGAUUACAAGAUGAAUAUGCCAAACUUGUUGAAGGCAUGCAGGAUGCAGAUCAACCACCACCAGCAGCUAAUGAUGAAAUGGCAAUGAUAAGGCGGCAGGAUGAGGAUGUUCUGAGCAAUCCAGUCCUACCUGCUGACCUGCUCAAAGAGGCUAUACCUGGAAAUAUACGUAAAGCUGAACAUUUUGUUUCAUUCUUGAAGAGAUUCGUGGAGUAUCUCAAGACACGUAUGCGUGUAUUACAUGUUGUUGCAGAGACACCACUUUCUUUUUUGCAGCAUCUUAGGGAUAUUACUUACAUUGAACGAAAGCCAUUGAGGUUCUGUUCUGACCGUCUAUCCAAUUUGAUAAAAACACUGGAAUUGGAAAGACUUGAUGAGUAUUCAGCUUUACAAUCAGUGGCUGCGUUUGCGACACUCGUAUCAACGUACGAAAAAGGGUUUUUGUUGAUCUUGGAACCAUUUGAAAGUGAAACAGCAACCAUCCCUAAUCCAAUAUUUCACUUAACUUGCCAAGAUGCAAGUAUAGCUAUAGCACCAGUUUUUGAAAGAUUCUCAUCAGUUAUUAUAACCUCAGGUACAAUUUCACCUUUAGAUAUGUAUCCAAAGAUGUUAAACUUUAAUGCGAUAGUACAAGAAUCCUAUCCAAUGACAUUAUCUAGAAAUUGUUUCAUUCCAAUGGUUAUAACCAGAGGUAGUGAUCAAGUAGCAGUUAGUUCUAGAUUUGAAGUUAGAAAUGAUCCUGCAGUUGUUAGAAAUUAUGGUCAAAUGUUGAUAGAAUAUAGUAAAGUAAUUCCAGAUGGAAUUGUAGCAUUCUUUCCAAGUUAUUUAUAUAUGGAAAGUAUAGUAAGUGCAUGGAAUGAAAUGCAAAUAUUGGAUGAAGUUUGGAAGCAUAAGUUAAUAUUUGUUGAAACUCCAGAUGCACCGGAAACGAGUAUAGCAUUAGAAAAUUUCAGAAAAGCAUGUGAUAAUGGUAGAGGUGCAGUUAUGUUAUCUGUUGCAAGAGGAAAAGUAAGUGAAGGUAUAGAUUUUGAUCAUCACUUUGGUAGAGCUGUCAUUAUGUUUGGUGUACCAUAUCAAUAUACAGAAUCAAGAAUUUUGAAAGCAAGAUUAGAAUAUUUACGCGAUAAUCACAGAAUAAGAGAAUCAGAUUUCUUAACAUUCGAUGCAAUGAGACAUGCAGCUCAAUGUGUAGGAAGAGUUUUGAGAGGUAAAUCAGAUUAUGGUUUAAUGAUUUUUGCAGAUAAAAGAUUCGCAAGAUCUGAUAAAAGAGCUAAAUUACCUAGAUGGAUAAAUCAAUAUAUUAGUGAAACUUCAUCGAAUUUAUCAACUGAUAUGGCAAUCAGUUUAGCUAAAAGAUUCGUUAGAACUAUGGCACAACCAUUUGAUCACUCUCAAACUGGUGUUAGUUUAUGGACUAUGGAUCAUGUACUUGAAAGACAAAGAUUAGACAAAGAGAGUGAUUUAGCUGCAAUUGCCAACAAUGAGAAUGAUUAUAUACCAAUGGAAGUUGACGGUGAUGGUAGCGGUGGUGAUAGUGAUGAUGAUGAUAUUGACGGUGGCAUAAAUGAUAAUGCAUUGAUGGAUAUACCUAUGCCAGUUGCAGCAAAUUAAAAGAUAAAUUAUUUGAAUAGAUUAAAGUUCAUCCCUUUUAACUCUUCUGGAGUGUGG